GAUCUAAACCAAGAUGGCGGGAGCAAGCACUAAAUAAAAGAGGAAAAGAGUCCGCGCCGUGACAAAAUGCCUCGUCCGAAGAGAGCAGUGACUAGGAAGGUGAACUAUACUGAUGUCAGUGACAAAGAAGAGAGUUCCCCAGAAUCAGGUAGUGAUUUUGAUGAUGAUGAAGAUCCUGAUAAAAUAGAAGUUCCAGGAGGUGGAAAGGAUCUAGCAACUGCAGCAUCCAUUAGUACCCUGAAAGAAGAACCAAAAGAUGGAAAAGUGAAGACAGAAGGAACAAGCGGUGUAGGCACAAAUGCCGCAUCAAACCUUCCUAGCAAGAUCCCAGGCGGGCUGGUCACCAAGGGCAACUCAACCCUCGGCUUUGAGAAAGUUCGAGUCGGUGGUUCAGGACAGACACCGUUUCCAUUUCCCCCACAGGGCAUGUUUGGUGGGAUGGGAGCACUGGGAGGAAUGGGGCCUAUGGGCUUCUUCCCUGGUAUGGCAGGCAUGCCCCAACACAGUCUGAAUCCUGCCCACCUGUUCCAGCAAUCACUGGACAUGGGUGGCUUCAACCCCAUGGGUAUGAACAUGGGUAUGAACAUGAACAUGAAAUUCCUGGUGAACAUGAGUCUGGGACAC